CUCAAAAGUUUGGAUCUCCGGAAGUGAGUCCCAAUAGUUAGCAACAGUCUGUGGUGAGAUGUGACCAAUCGUCACAUUAUUUGGAGGACUAUUCAUUUUUUAAUAUUCCGGAAUUUAUGCAUGAUUUUCUCAAGUUGUUAUAACUCCAGUUUAGAAACCUCUGCCUGCAAGGCUGCACAUGGCUGUGAUGAGGCUGCACACCCUGUCACUGCGAGCGCUGCUGCUCUUGGGGUUCUGGCAAACUGGGAGGAGAAGUUUAGCCUCAGUUCCUGAGCUAAAAGAGCAGCCCAAGAAGAUAGCUGUAGUUGGAGCGGGCAUUGGAGGAACAGCAGCAGCCUUUUAUCUGAAGCAGGAGUUUGGACCAGCAGUCAAGAUCGAUGUGUUUGAGUCUGGCACUGUGGGCGGACGACUAGCGACGGUGAAAAUGGGAGACUAUGAGUAUGAAACAGGAGGCUCUGUGAUCCAUCCUCUGAACCUUCACAUGAAAGAGUUUAUUGAAAAACUAGGUAUUCCUCCAAGAAAAGACGUCCCCUCUAAGAUGGCGAUCUUUGACGGAAAGGAGCUUGUGUUUGAAGAGAGCGAUUGGUUUCUAAUUAACUUUUUCCGCCUGCUGUGGCGGUACGGCUUCAGUUUCCUCCGCAUGCAGAUGUGGGUGGAGAGUAUUCUGGACAAAUUCAUGAGAAUCUACCAGUAUCAGCAGUACGGUUACUCAUUCUCCACGGUGGAGAGGCUGGUGCAUGCAAUGGGAGGCGAUGGCUUUCUCACUCUUCUAAAUCAGACUCUGGAGGAAAGCAUGAGAGGAGAAGGAUUUUCACAGGUCUUUAUUAAUGAUAUUGUUUCCCCCAUCACUCGUGUCAACUACGGCCAAAGUGUCCGCAUCAAUGCGUUUGUGGGGGCAGUGUCGCUGGCAGGGGCAGACUCCGGGCUGUGGGCCGUGGAUGGUGGUAAUAAGAGAGUGUGCUCAGGACUGCUGUACCACACUAAAAGCGAGCUCAUCUCAGCCAAAGUAACUUCAAUUUCAUACACAGUUCGACCGUCCAAGAAAGGAGGUUCCACCAGUUUCUAUGAGGUUAACUAUGUGGGUGAGUCUGGUGCAGCACACUCACUCUAUGACAUUGUUGUCAUAGCAACCCCACUGCAUCAGGGAAAAUCUGACAUCACAUUCUCUGGCUUGACCCCUCCUAUUCCGUCUCACUAUCCGGGUCGCUACCACCAGACCGUGUCCACGCUGGUGCAGGGCAUGCUGAAUGUGUCCUUUCUGGGAACAACAGAGCCCCCAUCAGAGUUCACAGUGUCUGAAGUCCUCACCAUGGACUCAAAGGGUUCUGUCAUUAACAGCCUGAGUUCUCUCGACCCCGUGCACAUCCCAGAGGGUUACAAGCGUCCGCCUGCAUCGCACACGAAAGUCUGGAAGGUGUUCUCCCCUCAACCUCUGACCCGGGAGCAGCUUGACAGCAUGUUCCUCUCUUACGACUCGGUGUCUGAGACUCAGUGGCUGGCUUACCCCACUUACCGUCCGCCGCACCGUAAGAUUCCCCCUUUUAUCCUGCACGACCGGCUGUACUACAUUAACGCUCUGGAAUGGGCGGCGAGUGCCAUGGAGAUGAGUGCCAUCUCUGCCAGGAAUGUGGCGCUGCUGGCGCACCAUCGUUGGCACGAACAGAACAGGAAGAUUGACCAGGAAGACCUGCACACGCGACUGAGAGGAGAGCUCUAAAACCUAGAAAGCUACAGUUUUUACACUUUAUUACCCUUUGAUGUUGGUGCUUAACAACUGUUGUACCAUUUAGGGCUUUAAUAAGAGUUUUAAUAUUGAAAAAAAAAUUUAUAUAUGAUAUUUUUUCACAGUAGCAGAGGCCCUAGCUGUGCUAUUUAUACAUUGAAUCACACUUGCACUAAAGGGUAAAACCACAUCUCUCUUUUUAUGUGAGUGUGAGAGAAUUUAGAACAACAGAUCACGUUAUUGUUUACCACCUGCCACUUUUUAAUGUAGGAUUUGUUGAUUUUUCUUUUUAUUAUUAUUGUUUUUUGUUGUUGCUGAUCUGCCUUGGCUAAUUGGUUUACAUGUCUUCUAGGCUUUUUUCUCCGUCUCUACCUCUUUAGCUGACUACAUUCGAUGUUAAUUAAAGAAGUUCAUGGAACUAUUAGAAAGCACAUUUUUUAAAGGUUUUUUUUUAUCAUUUCAUUUUUUAACUAUUUUUUUAAACUCAGAGCUUAUGACCGUAGCAGAGCUUGGAGUAGAACCGCUUCUCCUCCACAUCGAGAGAAGCCAGUUGAGGUGACUCGGACAUCUAGUCCGGAUGCCUCCUGGACGCCUCCCUGUGGAGGUGUUCUGGGCAUGUCCUACAGGGCGGAGGCCCCGGGGAAGACCCAGGACACGCUAGAGAGACUACGUCUCUCGGCUGGCCUGGGAGGAGCCGGAGGAAGUGGCCGGGGUGAGGGAAGUCUAGGCAUCUUUGCUGAGACUGCAACCCGGUCCCGGAUAAGUAGAGAUUUUUUUUAAACUUUGUGUUUCUUUUUAGUUGUACUGUAAUAAAAGUACAAAUGGGUAUUGUAAUUCCAUAAUAAAGAUGGAUGUUUACAUUUAGCUUGAACAAGAAUUAUCUCAGAAAAUUGAUUUUUCUUGUGGAAAUGCUUUUUUCGCUCCUUUCUUUCAUGUCACCAAUCUGACCAGAAGCAUCAAAAUGCACUGAGUACAAAACUCCACUAUACUGUAAACAUUUUAUGCCAAUUUUUGAUCCAAUCAUGUCGAAGGUUUUUACUACUUAAAAAUGUUUUCUUUUUAAUCAUUUCUAAAACUGUUUAAGAAUGCAUAUUUUUCCCUAUUAUGGCAAGAAUUUAAAUUGUGUUUUAAGCUUUACAUGUUGAUUACAGAGCAGAAUAAAUUUUGAGCAACACUGGAAGAUCUGAGAGACCACUGUCUUUUGUUUAGAUUUGUACGAUUGAAAUAAAGUUCAUGGGAUUUGUUUAA